ACUGGAUUAAGAAUCAAACCGCAUUCCGCGUAAUCUCAGUCUGCAAACUCUUCUGUCUCUCUGAUCGCUCCAUUCCUUGCGAGUUUCUCUGUGUUUGAUAAUGGAGUCGACUUCAAGCGGUCCAAUUAGGGGACGGGGUAAAAACAAGCGAGUGUGGACACCGAAGGAGGAUGCAAAAUUGAUUGAAUCCUUGGUUGAGUUAUGUGUUUCUGGGAAGAUGAAAUGUGAUAAUGGUUUUAGACCAGGCACGUUUGCACAAGUAGAAAGGUUAUUGGAGGACAAGCUGCCAGGUUGUGGAUUGAAAGCAAGUCCACAUAUUGAGUCUCGAGUGAAGACUUUAAAAAGGCAAUAUAAUGCUAUAACUGACAUGCUUUCACAUGGCAGCGGGUUCUCAUGGGAUGAAAAGAACAAGAUGAUCCAUUGUCAUAUAGAUGUAUAUGAACGAUGGGUGAAGGACCAUAGGGAUGCACAUGGAUUGAGACUUAAACCUUUCCCCCACUAUGAGGACUUGAAACAGAUCCUUGGGAAAGACCGUGUGUGUAAGAAAGAAAUUGUCUCACCGGCCGGUGUUAUGAAGGAGCUACACCAAGAGGAGGUCGCUAAUAAUGAUGUGGGUUUGGACAUUGUAGAGGCCGAUGUGUCAGUGGCUCAACCAUCCACAUCAGCAUCAUCUUCUAAAGAAGGGUCAGCGCAGUCUUGUAGGAAAAGGUCAAGGGAAUAUGCAGAUUUAGCUGAAGUAAUGGUGAGGACCUGUAAUGCAUUAGAAAGGCUCAUAUCUUGUAUUGCCCGUCAAGAAGAAAAGGAACAAAGAGUGGAUAAAGUGGUGGGUGAGUUGGUGAAGCUUCCGGGUCUUAGUAAGUUGGACAUAUUGAAAUUAAGUGAAGUGAUCAUCAGUGACCCAGUGAAAGUCACACUUUUUUUCAGCCUUGACGAGGACCUCAAAAAGGAAUGGAUGAGGCAGCUUCUUCGCACAACAUAGCAUGUGUGUAGUGCUUCUCCCAAGUUUUUUGAACUUUGUAGGGACUAAAAAAGGAGUUGAACAUUGUUGGAUUAGAUGUUUCAUUUAAAAUUUUCUUGAUAGCUUCUUGAUUUUUUUUUUCUUUUAAAAAGAUAUUAAUAAACUUUUCUAUUGUUUUUUUAUUUUAUGUUUUGUUAUAUGUAUUUUUUCAAACAUUACAAUGAGAAUGAGAAUGGUUGUCCUUGGAUA